UGUUUUCCUGUGUAUUAUGUCAUAUGCCGACAUUGGAUGAAUUUUGUUCACACGUGAUGGCGAACAGCAAUGUGAGUCGUGCACGAUGUGAUUCGAGUCAGUGUCAAGGAAGACCAGGAAAAAGAGGAAUGGAAGGACCAUGUGGAUUACCCGGAAUUAAAGGAGAACAGGGAGAACCGGGGAUAAAUGGAGAACCGGGGAAACCCGGAACAGUGGGACAUAUAGAAGAAAGGAUUAGAAAGUUGGAAGAUUCAGUUUUGAAGAACAAAGAGCUUAUGAAGAUGAUGACGAAUGCCGAGAUUUGCUACAUGGGUGUGAAAUAUCGUCACAUAAUUCCUGACUCUCAAAUCGCAGCGUCAUCCGAAUAUAGUACCCGGCAUCAAGCUCAUAAUGGCAGAUUGGACAAUAUUGAUCGUUCAUCAACAACGUAUCCAAUCUGGUCUGCGGCGAGAAAUGUGAAAGGAGAAUGGCACCAGGUUGAUUUUGGUGAAACUAAACCAAUAGGAGGAAUCGUAUCGAGUAUAUCACGAUAA